GUUGUAAUACUCUGAGCUGUUACUGAUGCAUAUAUUAGCUAGAAACGAAACAUGUUCUCUUUUUCCCUCCCAUCUUCAACCAACACACAAAAACACACACAAAAAAGGCACCAAUAUCUCACACCCUUUCCAUUGCGUGGAUUUCUUUUCAAUCUUCACCUGCUCUUACUUAAUCUCCAUUUCUGUAACGUAGUCUACACACUCCUACCAAACCAAAAUCGCCACUUUUCUUGUACAUCUCUCUGUAAAACAACAUAAAUAAAUCAAUAUACAUUAGUUCUUGCUACCUGCUUCUAGCCCUUCCUCGGUCAAACUUUAUCAAUCCAAUUAUUAUUCAAUAAUCUUCAAGAAAACCACUCACCAUCUUUCCCUGAAACUUUUCUUUUUUUCUUUUUUAUUAAUUCCACCAUUCUGCAUUACAUACUCAAUUCACAUUUUCUUUACAAUAUGGUGGAAACAAAACCUUCGCUUUCCAUCACAAAUUAAUCAAAGCUUCAAUUCUCUUCACAACCCAUCAAUGGAUGGGCUUGUAAAGUCCAAAAUUCCUCAUGAAACCUCCCUCAUUGCUCUCUUCAAAUCAUCACCUUCUUCUUCUUCCUUAUCUUCCUCCUCCUCCUCUUCUUGGAUCCAACUCCUUCACUCCUUGUCCCCGGUUCCGCAUGAAGGUGAUCCUAACAGUACAACAGACUUGAGUUCCGAACAAACCCGUUCUCUGAUAGUAGAAAAUGAAGCAACUCGAGGAGAAGGAUUCAUCGAUGGCUUUGUCGGUCAAAGUGGAAUGGAGUGGAAGGAUGUGGAGAAGCGGUUCGACCAAGUGGCCCGAACCGGAAGGAGCAGCGAACCGGUUGUGAGAUGGUCCGAAUUUGGCUUCUGCAUUGGGAUGCAGUCGUCACCAGAGUUUGCCAACGAAUUACUCUGUGCACUGAGAGGCGGCGAGAAUUGGAAAUACAAGAUCACCAAAGCUGAUUUGUACAAUCUUUGGUUUCGGAUGAAGGAUAAUUCUUUUAACUCAAGAAUGAGAAUCUUCUUUGACAUGUGCAACAGAAACAAGGAUGGAAGAAUUACCGAGACAGAUAUAAAGCAGACAAUUUUAUUAACUGCUUCCACAAAUAAGCUAUCCGUGACACAUGAUGAAGCAGAGAACUAUGCUUCUCUGAUCAUGGAAUCUCUCGACAAGAAAAACAAAGGCUAUCUUGAGAUAUCCCAAACGGGGUCUCUAUUCAAGGCAGGUCUGUCAAAGGCACACUCUCCAAUGAAACAAGUAUCAGCAACAACAGGCAGCACACAGAAUGUUCAUUCUAGCAGUGGUGACUUUUGUGAAGAGCAAGAACCAAUGUCAAGGACAGAAGUGCUGUUCAGAACAUAUUGGAGACGUGCUUGGGUUGUUCUACUUUGGUUUCUUGCAUGCUUGGGGUUAUUUGUGUGGAAAUUUGUUCAGUACCGCCAUAGAUCAGGUUUUGAAGUCAUGGGUUAUUGCCUUCCCACGGCUAAAGGUGCAGCUGAGACCUUAAAACUCAACAUGGCUCUUGUUCUUCUCCCUGUCUGUCGAAACACCAUCACAUGGCUCCGCAAACACCGUCCCAUAAACUCUGUCAUUCCGUUUAACGACAACAUCAACUUCCACAAGGUCAUUGCAGGAGGAAUAGUGGUGGGAGUGAUAUUGCACGGAGGAACGCACCUUGCGUGUGAUUUCCCAAGAAUCAGCGAGUCAGACAGAUCAAUAUUCCGGCAAACAAUUGCCGCAGGAUUUGGGUACCACCGACCAACGUACGCAGAAAUUUUGGCCACGACGGAGGUGACAAGUGGAAUAGCCAUGGUGGUGUUAAUGGGCGUUGCAUUUUCACUAGCCACCAAGUGGCCAAGGCGUCGCUCACCUGUGUUACCGGUGUCCCUCCGUCGUGUCACUGGCUACAACACCUUUUGGUAUUCCCACCAUUUGUUUGUCCUUGUCUACGCCCUCCUCAUCAUUCACUCCAUGUUCCUGUUCCUGACCGACAAGUUGAUGGAGAAAACGACAUGGAUGUACAUUGCUUUUCCAGUUUUAUUGUACACUGGAGAGAGGAUCUUCAGAGCUUUUAGAUCUGGAUCUUAUGAAGUUGAUAUUUUGAAGGCUAGUCUCUAUCCAGGGAAAGUUCUGUACCUCAAAAUGCAAAAACCAGAAGGUUUCAAGUUCCACAGUGGCAUGUAUAUAUUCCUUCAGUGCCCUCAAAUUUCGCCUUUUGAAUGGCAUCCAUUUUCCUUGACUUCAGGGCCACAAGAUGAUUACCUCAGUGUGCACAUUAGAACACUCGGAGACUGGAGUUACCAAAUAUAUGAUCUAUUCCAAGAGGCAGUGUUAUCACGAUCACAGGGAUGUCCAAAACUGUACAUAGAUGGCCCUUAUGGCUGUGCUGCUCAAGACCAUGUAAAGUAUGACAUUCUGGUACUAAUUGGUCUUGGAAUAGGAGCCACACCUUUCAUUAGCAUCCUAAAAGAUGUAGUUAAAGGUGUCCAGACAACAGAAAUUGAUCAUAGUGGUCUCAGAAAAUGCAGCUUAACAAAGGGUCCAUUAAAAGCAUAUCUUUAUUGGGUCACUAGAGAGCCAAAUUCUUUUGACUGGUUUAGGGAUGUCAUGAAGGAAAUCUCAAAUUCAACCAAAAAGCAGUCCGUUGUGGAGAUGCACAAUUUCCUGACCAGUGUACAUCCAGAAGGAGAUAUUCGUUCAGCUUUGCUAAGUGUCAUUCAGGCCUUGCAUCUUGCCAAGAAUGGCACUGACAUAGUUUCCAGGACUCCUAUACACACUCAUUUUGCUCGACCAAAUUGGUUCAACAUAUUUUCUAGAUUGGCUCGCAAGCAUGGAGGAGCUAAGAUUGGUGUUUUCUACUGUGGCCCAUCUAAAUUAGCAAGAGAAUUGACGAAGUUGUGCACCAAAUUUUCCACCAAAACCACAACUAGAUUUGUUUUCCACAAGGAAAAUUAUUAAACUUGUUUCUGAAGGAAUGACACCUGUCCUACCAAUGCCUUUAUUAGGUAAGCAGGGUUACUCUCAGAAUCUCGGGCAGCUUCCUUUUAUUUUGCCAGAGAAUCUGUAAAUACAUUUGCUGCUCUGGUGCCUCCUGCAUAUC